AUGUUAUCCAGAACAUCCAUUAGAAGACUAUCAACACUCCCAAUCACUAUCUCACAUGAAAUCAAACAAGCUUUAAGUGAUUGUACCCCAAUCGUUGCAUUAGAAUCAACAAUCAUCACCCAUGGAUUACCAUAUCCUCAAAAUAUUGAAAUGGCUUUGGAAGUAGAACAAACAAUCAGAAACAAUGGAGCAAUCCCAGCUACAUGUGCAUUCAUAAAUGGUCAACCAUUCAUUGGAUUACAAGAAUCACAAUUAAAUGAAUUGGCAGAAUAUGCUAAAUCUGGUUUGGUUAAUAAAGUAUCACGUCGUGAUAUUGGUUACGUAAUGGCAAAUAAACAAUACGGAGGUACUACAAUAGCACUGACUAUGAUACUUGCUGAAAAAGCCGGUAUUAAAGUGUUUGCUACUGGAGGAUUAGGCGGGGUGCAUAAGGAGGGUGAAAGAACGUUUGAUAUAUCUGCCGAUUUAACAGAAUUAGGAAGAACCCCGGUUUCAGUUGUUUGUGCUGGUCCAAAAUCAAUUCUUGAUAUUGGGCUAACUAUGGAAUAUCUUGAGACUCAAGGAGUCUUUGUUGGGACAUAUGAUGAAACUGGCAGUUGUAAAGGUGGAUUGUUAGAUAUUCCUGGAUUCUAUUGUCGUGAAUCUGGUACACCAUCGCCGUAUUUAUUUCACAGCUUUGCAGAAGCAGCUUCGAUAAUAUACAAUCAGAAUAUAGUAAUGGGGUUAAAGUCAGGAAAUGUCUUUUGUAUCCCUCCACCAAAGGAAUCCGCAUUAGAUUCAAAGUUUAUAUCAGAAAUUAUCGAGAAUGCUAAUAUUGCUGCCAGAAACCAAGGUAUCAAAGGAAAACAAUUGACUCCAUUCUUGUUGGAGCAAGUUGCCAAAGAAACCAAAGGGAAAUCUGUCACUAGUAACAUCAGUCUUGUUAAGAAUAAUGCUAAAGCAGCUAGUGAAAUUGCAAAAGAAUUAGCAAAAUUACAAAAUCCACAUAUAAGUACAUUUGUCCCGCUUGUCACAGAAAGUAAACCUUUGGAAUCCAAACCUUCUGCUCCCACGCAGAAGUGUGAUUUAAUGGUAAUCGGGUCUAUUGCUUUGGAUACCGUCUCCAAAUUGAACCCCGGUGCUAAAAUGAAUGAUUCUAACAUUGGUACUGUACAGAAUUCAAUUGGCGGAGUUGGGUAUAACCUAUCAUUAGCAAGUCAAUUUGCUUUGGAGAAAUACCCAACAAUUUCUUCGAAGUUAAUAUCACAAGUUGGUGACGAUAUUGCUGGGAGAUUCAUCCUUGAUCAGCUCAAGCGUCAAACAACAGAUUCAUCUGGAGUCCGAAUUACUUCGAAAGGGAACACUGCACAAUAUGUUUGCACACAUGAUGAUAAAGGUGAUUUGAUUGUCGCAUGUGCAGACAUGUCAAUCAUUGAACAAGACUUUUCCCAAGAUAUCAUUCAAGAGGUUAAUUCCAAUGAUCCUAAGAUUGUUAUAUUUGAUUGUAAUUUAUCUCCAGCAACUGUAUCUAAAGUUUUGAACCGAAAGCUUAAUUCAUAUAUCAUUAUAGAGCCAACAUCUCAUGUUAAGGCUAAACGAAUUGGAUCGUUUGGUUUACAAGUAUUUCCAAAUAAUCAAGUCCAGAUGAUAACCCCAACCAUAAGAGAAUUAGAAUCCAUAUACGAAUCAUUUAGAAAUAAUGGACAAUUUGAAGAUUUAGACAAUUGGUUCCCAGUAUUAGAUGCAUUGAAUAUUGAUACAAUAUUCCGAGAAAAGUUAGAUAAAAUUAGGAAUCCAGUAAUUCAGAGUCUUUUAGCACAAGGUAUAUUCCAACAAUGUUUGCAUUUGAUCCCAUAUUUCCAGAAUAUUUUGGUUAAAUUAGGAGAUAAAGGAGUAAUCCUUAUUAGCAUUUGCACGUCGAUUGAUGAUUAUAAAAGCAUUCCUACUACUUCUCCAUAUAGACCAGAACUUAUCAUAACUAGUCAGGGAAGACAAAUAGAUGAUACUAGACGUAUGGGAGUUCUGAUUGAAUACUUUCCAAUUCCCGAAGAGAAUAAGAAUCUCGAGAUUGUAAAUGUUACUGGUGCAGGGGAUAGUUUCUUGGGAUAUUUGGCAGCUUCAAAUAUCAUUAACCGACAUGAUACUAAGUCUAACUGGCUUGCAAGUGAUAUUAUUGAUAUCGAACAAGUUUGGAAUAAAUGGGAAUGUAUUUAUAAAGCUCAAUUAGCUAGCGGAUUAUCAUUGAGGAGUAAUGAAGCAGUUAGUCAUAAAAUUUCACAACUUUAA